CAGCGGGGAGCCGAGGAGCUACCCUCCGGCGGAGCCGGGACCCCCCUCCCGCAGCUGUUUUACCGACGAUGCCGGACGAAGCGACGGAAAACGCCGGCUCCACAUCUGCCCGCGUCUCGUCCUUUUUCAUCGAGGACCUGCUGGGCACCGAGGGCGGCGGAGGGGCGCGGAGGGCGGCGGCGGGAGGCGGAGGUGGGCGCGGAGCUCCGCGCUGCGGCCCCCACUCCCCGCUGCGUCUUGGAGCCGCGGGCUGCCCGCUCCGCGACGCCGCCGUCGGUUGGUACCGCCGAGCUUUCCUGGGCUGCGCCAGCCCCGACACCAGCGACCGGGACUCGCCGGAGCUGCCCGAGGACACGGAGCGGGCGGGCGGCGGCGGCGGGCGGGCGGCGGCGCGGGGCCCCGCGGGCGGGCGGCCGAGCUCCGGAGGCCGCGAGGAAGAGGAGGAACGAAACGAGGAAGCGGGCGAAGCGGAGCAGCGAGCCGCCGGCCGCAAGAAGAAGACGCGCACGGUGUUCAGCCGCAGCCAGGUCUUCCAACUGGAGUCCACGUUCGACGUGAAGCGCUACCUGAGCAGCUCGGAGCGGGCCGGCCUGGCCGCCUCGCUGCACCUCACCGAGACGCAGGUGAAGAUCUGGUUCCAGAACCGCCGCAACAAGUGGAAGCGGCAGCUCGCCGCCGACUUGGAGGCGGCCAACCUCUCCCACGCCGCCCAAAGGAUUGUGCGGGUCCCCAUUUUGUACCACGAGAACUCGCCGGCCAGCGCCUUGGGCUUCAGCCUGCCCCACAUGUCCCCCCCCUUGGUGGGCUUCUCCGGCGGUGUCAGCUACCCCCUGGGCACCUUCCCCGCCGCCUCCCUCCCCUUCCUCCGCUCGCAGAUGACGGGACUCGUCUGA